CCUAGCCCCAUUCAAGCCUGCUGAGUGCGUCCCUGGCCGCGUGGUGACCCGCGGGUUCGGGCAGCGCGGCUGGAACCUUCCGUACAGCAUGGCGGCUCCUGAGGCCGUGGUGCAGGAGACAGUCUUCCGUACAACAGGGCGGCCUACAGACUCGGAGCCACGCCCCCUCUCGCCCAGCCCCCGGAUGUUUCCUUUUGAAAGCGUGGCGGCAGGCUCUGCCGGGGGCUGGGCGGUUGAUGCGGAGCCUCUUUUGAAAGGAAACGAAGAGGACUGCGAGCGGGAGGAGCUGGCGCCGGGGGUCCAGCCGAGCCACCCGGCUACGAUGGCCAGUGCUAAGACGGUGUGCGACGCGCAGCCCCACUCGAUGCCGAUCGGCGGCCUGCCCGCAGAUGCACAAACUCGAGCUACUUCUAAGCUACCUGUUAAGUCCAAAGAAGCUGACGUGUUUAGACAUCUUCAUCCAGGAGGUUCAGAUCCUGAUGUUACAAAGGCCACCAAAGCAAGACGAGAGAAUGGGCAGGUGAGAGCUGCAGAGACCGUCAGCAGGAAGAGCGUGAAGAAGAGCUACAAACCGUUGACUAAGCUGAAACCAGAGGAGGAGUGGAAGGAUAAGAACCAGCUCCUGGAGGCCGUCAACAAGCAGCUGCAGCAGAAGUUGAUGGAGACUCAGGGAGAGCUGAAGGACCUGACCCAGAAGGUGGAGCUCCUGGAGAAGUUUCAGGAUAACUGCUUAGCAAUUCUGGAGAGCAAAGGCCUCAACCCAGGCAACGAGACCCUGGCAUCACAGCGGGAACCUGCCACAGAUCACACGGACUCCAUGAUGCUGCUAGAAACUCUGCAAGAUGAACUGAAGGUUUUCAAUGAAACUGCCAAGAAGCAGAUGGAGGAGUUACAGGCCUUGAAGGCGAAGUUGAAGUUGAAAGAAGAAGAAAGGGUGCAGUUCCUGGAGCAGCAGACCUUUUGUAAGGACCAAGCCAGUGACUUCACAAUAGUCCUGGAGGAAAUGGAGCAGCUUUUAGAAAUGUAAUAUAAGGCAAGUGGCCAGACGGCUUCUUCCUGGGGUAAACUCCAGAGGAAGCCACUUAGGAUGUCUUCAAGGACUCUAUCCCUUAUACAAACCGACCUUCUGCAGCAGUAAAUCCUAAGGGCAGUUAUGCUGGAGUGGGCUUCCUCCUUAAGCACGCUGCCCACCUUCAGAUUGCUCAGCUCACCUGAGCCUCACGAAUUGCCGAUGGAGGCCUGCAAGAGAGGGACCUGGAAACUUGACUCCACCUCCUGAGCAACAGAGACCCUUAGAACCAGGAUGUUAAACCAGCCACCUUGGAGAAGCUAGCGGCUCUUACUUGGAAGCAUGGGGAGAAAGCCUUCACACGAUAGCACAUGCACUGUAGAGGAGAUGUCACUGAGAACCAUGCUGUCCCCUUCUUUGUCCAUCAGGUUGAGCUAAUUGUGAAUUUGAAAUUCUUGAAGUUUUUUUGGCUUAAUGAAUGGGGUGAGGUAUGCAAAGUAACACCUACCUGAAAUAAAUAGUACCUGGAGCUUUUUAAGUACAGCUUUUGAAAUAAACACUCAUGUGAAUAUUGCUAUUCUGACUAACA